CACGACUGAAAAAAAAAUUAUACACGGUCACGUUCUCAAGAGCACAUGACCUCCAGAUAUAGAGAGAGAUCUCGAUCAAUAUACUAUGAUACUUAAAUAGUCCGGAGUAUAUGGAUGGAUUUAUGUGGAGAUAAUUUACUUGAACCAAUUGAAAGAAAUUUAAAUUUAAAUUAGCAUAAAUAAUAUAAAUAUAAAAGAGUGGAGGAAUAAACAAUGGCACCAUCACAAAUGAAGGGGUUAACCCAAUUUAUUAUUAAUUUGAGGAAUUCCAAUGAUUCCGAAGAAGAAGCUAAACGAAUUAAUCUUGAAAUUAAUAACAUUCAAACUAAAUUUGCUACUAAUUUGAAUGGAUAUCAACAGAAGAAAUAUUUAUGUAAACUAGUAUAUAUCUAUUUAAAUGGUUAUCAUGAAGGUAUAGAAUUUGGUUUAAAACAUGCAAUUGAAUUAGUUGAUUCACAAGUUUAUAGUGAAAAACAAUUAGGAUACCUUGCAAUAUCAAUUCUUGCUAAUAAAAAUUCUUCAAAAAUUGAUUUAAAUAAUACAUUAAAUAUAGUAUAUCCAAUUUUAAUUAAAGAUUUACGAUCAAAUAAUGAAGAUAUAAAUUGUUUAGCAAUUCAAUAUAUUGCUUCAAAUUUUAAUUUAUCAGAUAAUGCAUCUUAUCAAAUUGAUGAAUCUGAUGAAAAUUCAAGUGAAUGGUUAGAAUUAAUUGAUAUGACUUAUUCAUUUGUUACUUCUCCAAUUCAUAAACCUAUAGUUAAAAGAAAAGCUAUUAUAGCUUUAUUUGCAUUAUCUAAAUUAUAUCCAAAAGUUAUUAUAAAUAAUAAUAAUUGGAUUCCAAGAAUUUUAACUUUAAUUGAUGAUAAAGAUUUUGAUAUUGUUAUUUCAAGUAUGCCAUUAGUCGAAUAUGUAGUACGACUUAAACCUCAAUUUAUUAAAUCAAUUAUACCAGCAAUUGGUUUAAAAUUAUUUAAUAUAGUAGUGGAAGGUAAAUGUCCAGAAGAAUAUUAUUAUUAUAAAAUUCCAGCUCCAUGGUUAGUAGUAGGAUUAUUACAUCUUAUGGAACAAUUCUUUUUAAUGAAAGAUAAAGAUAUUCCAGUUUUAUGUAUUUCUAAUUUAGAUGAUCAAACUUUAAAUAAUUUUAGACAAGUUGUUUCUACUUCAAUUCAAAAUGCAUCUCAAUCAAUAAAAGGUUUACCAAAUAGAAAUUCUCAAAGUUCAAUCUUAUUUCAAGCAGUUUCAUUAGCAGUAUUUUUAGAUGCUUCUGAAGAUGCUAUACAUGGAGCCAUUAAUGCAUUAAUAUUAUUAUUAAAUUCUCCAGAUACUAAUACACGUUAUUUAGCUCUUGAUGCAUUAACAAAAUUAACUUCAAGACUGAAUAUACCAGUUGGAGUAGAUGAUACUAUUCCAAAAUUAUUUCAAUUAUUAUAUGAUAAAGAUAUUUCAGUAAGAAGAAAAGCUUUAGAUUUAUUAUAUGCAACUUGUACUCCAUUAACAUUUUCAAGUAUUAUUAAUCGAUUAUUAGAUUAUUUUCCAUUUUCUGAUUUUAGCUUAAAAUCUGAACUUGGUAUAAAAAUUGCAGUAUUGGCAGAAAGGUUUGCAACAGAUUCUACAUGGUAUGUCACUACUAUGUUGAAAUUAUUAUCUAUUGGAGGAGGAUAUAAUUCUAAUGGGGUUAGCUAUAUUGGUAAUGAAGUAUGGGAAAGAAUUGUUCAAAUAAUUGUAAAUAAUGAAGAUUUACAACAGAAAACUUGUAAAUUAAUCAUAAAUUUAUUAAAGAAUCCUUUAGUUUUAAGUGCAAAUGGAAAAUCUCAACCAAUUCAAACAGGGUUAUCUGAAAAUCUUAUAAAAGUUGCUGGAUUUGUCUUAGGAGAAUAUGGUCAUUUAGUGAAUGAUGCAGAUACUCAGUUUCAAUUACUUUAUGAAUCAUAUUUUAGGGUAUCAUUACUUACUAGAGCAAUGUUAUUAUCUACAUUCUUAAAAUUCUUAGUAAAGUUCCCGGAUAAUGAUUUUGUUCCUGAAAUUAUUGACCUUUUUGAAAUUGAAUCAAAAUCUAUGGAUUUAGAAAUUCAGACAAGAGCUUAUGAAUAUUUAAAAUUGGCUACUAUAAGUAGUAAUUUUGAAUUAGCUCAAAAAACUAUAAAACCAUUACCUGCUUUUGUAAAUGUUGAAAGUUCUUUACUUCAUCGUAUUGGAGGUUAUCAUGAUAUUAGUAGAAGGAAAUCAAGAGUUUUGGCCAAGAAUAUUCCAAGAAAAUCUCCAACAGCAGAUAUUACUAAUGGAGAAGAUGAUACUAAUCCAUUUGAUGAUACUAAGACAGCCUUAUCACCAAACUGGUAUUCUGGAUAUUAUAGAAUGCUUCAUUUUGAUGCUGGUAUAUUCUUUGAAAGCCCUUUAAUUAAACUUACUUAUAGAAUUUUAAAAGAAGGUAACAAUAUCUUAAUUAGAUUCACCAUAAUAAACAAUUCCGCCAAAACUGCAGGAACUGAUAUUACAAAGUUUACCGUCUUAGAAUUAGAGAGUAGAGCUGGUGAUACUGAUCCUAGUUAUUUACUUAAUUUAAAGCAAGUUCCUGAAUCUACCAUUAGAGAUAAGUCAGUUUUAGAAAUAGAAAUUAAGGUUAGAAGUGUAAUAGAGAAUAAUGAAAGUCCUAUAUUAUCGGUAACUUUCAUGUGCGGAGGUUCAUUUAAUCAAUUAAAUCUCAAAUUCCCAGUAUUGUUAAUUAAAACUUUAUCAGCUACUAUUCUAGGUAGUGAAGAUGAUUUUGAAAAACGGUGGUUACAAAUUGGUGAAUUACUUGGAACAAAUGAAGGAGAAUACACAACUACAGUAAUUCCUUCAGCUUCAUUUACAUAUCCAAAUAUUAUAAGGCUUUUAUCAAGACUUGGAUUUGCAAUCGUUUAUGCUAGUCCGGAAAAUCCACCUUCAAAUCUUUUAAUAAAAGGGGCAGGUAUUUUACAUACUCAAAAAUCUAAUUAUGGGGUAUUAACAAAAGUAAAAUCAAUUGAACUGGAAGUACAAGAAAAUGGUUACAAUAUAGUGGUUAGAUGUACUGGAGGUGGAAUUGCUGAAGUUAUAGCAUUGACAUUAAAGGAAAUUUUACAAGAAGAUUUAUAGAGUUAACAUAUAUAGAAUAGUAAUAUAAAUCUGUUCAGUAG